GUGUCGUUUCCAUCUUCUAGACGAAGCCUCCUCGCCUAACCUGACGAGCCUCGCGAGACCCUUCAUUGCGUCGAUUGUAGCCUGACAUCAUCGCUUCUUUCUGUGCAUCGCAAGGUUACCAGCAUUGGCCCCCACCGCACAGCACUAGCCCGGAUGAACCAAAUACCGAGCAUCUUAUACGCCGAUGAGGACUUCACCACUUGGCUCAUUCUUGGUGCAAGCAGAGGCAUCGGACUGGAAUUUGUGAGGCAGCUGCUGACAAAGGAUGAGCGUAUCAUCGCAACCGUGCGGGAGCCCUUUGCAGCCCAUGCAUCGCAGCUGUGGGGUCAAGCAGGAAGCGACCAUGGGCGUUGCCAGAUGUACAUCUGUGACAUCUUGUCUGAGCAGAGCAUUGAGAAAUUCGUCGCCCAGCUGGCCGUGAUUCCCAACCUCAAAAUCGACUAUGUCGUGCUGAAUGCCGGAGUCUUGAACUACCCAAGCGUAAUCGCAGUUCCUUUGACCAAUUCGCCUUCCACUUGCACACCAACACCAUCGGGCCCAUCAUCACCGCCAACAGACUGCUCAAAUCAAACAUUCCCAUCGGCACCAUCGUCUUCAUGUCUAGCGACUCCGGCUCCCACGGAAACUUCCGCGAAAUGGAAGACGGAUUCGCUGCCUAUGCCGCCUCCAAGGCUGCUCUGAACAUGGCUGUUCGCCAUCUAGCUGCGGAGCUGAAGCGUAAGGAUGAUGAUACGAUUAUCCUGGCAAUGCACCCUGGAGAGGUCGCGACAGACAUGGCGAAUGUACAAUUGCCGUGGGAGGUGCAUGGUAUCAUUAGCCCCGAGGAGAGUGUGUCAAAGAUGAUCGAGGUGAUUAAGAGUAAGGGGAUCCAGCAUAGUGGGACAUUCUGGACGUAUGAGAAUAAGCCUUACGUUUGGUAAAUGAAAAUGAAAUGAAGGUUUGAGCAGUCACGGUACCGGAUUUCGUAUCUCUCCAUUAUGAUUAUACCCCUAUUUUAGAUUGUCUGUGCUGGAAAACUGUCUUCUCCGUGCGACUUGAUUGCAGUUUUGAGU